AUGUUGUUUAUCCUAUUUGUUUUUUCCUCUCCUCCUCCUCCUCUAUCCAUUCCCUCCCCCUCCUUCUGCUUAUACCCCUCUCUUUUUCUUCCUUUCCUCCUUCUCUCCCUCUUCCUCCUUAUCUACUCUUUCACUACCCGUCUCUGCCCUUUCUCUUCUCAUCUUGCCCUUCCUCUUUUUAUUAAAUGUUUGUCCCCCUCUCUUUUAAAAAAGAAUCUUUUACACGAAAAAAAAAUCUUUUAUUCGGAUCUAUCUAUCUAUCUUUCAGUCUGUUUCCAUCUAUUAUCUCAGUCUGUUUACAUCUAUCUAUCUCUAUCUCAGUCUGUUUACAUCAUCUAUCUAUCUAUCUCAGUCUGUUUACAUCUAUCUAUCUAUCUCAGUCUGUUUAUUCAUCUAUCAGUCUGUUUACAUCUAUCUAUCUAUCUCAGUCUGUUUACAUCUAUCUAUCUAUCUCAGUCUGUUUACAUCUAUCUAUCUAUCUCAGUCUGUUUACAUCUAUCUAUCUAUCUCAGUCUGUUUACAUCUAUCUAUCUAUCUAUCUCAGUCUGUUUAUCUAUCUAUCUAUCAUCUCAGUCUGUUUACAUCUAUCUAUCUAUCUAUCUAUCUCAGUCUGUUUACAUCUAUUAUCUAUCUAUCUAUCUCAUCAUUUAUCAUCUAUCUAUCUAUCUAUCUGUUUACAUCUAUCUAUCUAUCUAUCUAUCUAUCUAUCUAUCUAUCUAUCUAUCUCAGUGUUUACAUCUAUCUAUCUAUCUAUCUAUCUCAGUCUGUUUACAUCUUUAUCCUAUCUAUUUCUGUUUACAUCUAUCUAUCUAUCUAUCUAUCUCAGUCUGUUUACAUCUAUCUAUCUAUCUAUCUAAAUCUAUCUAUCUAUCUAUCUAUCUCAGUCUGAUAUCUAUCUAUCUAUCUAUCAGUCUGUUUAAUCUAUCUAUCUAUCUACAUCUGUUUUCAUCUAUCUAUCUAUCUCUUAAAAUGCUACAGUCGUUUAAUCUAUCUAUCUAUCUAUCUCAGUCUGUAAAUUCAUGGCUGUAUCUAUCUCAGUCUGUUUACAUCUAUCAUCUAUCUCUAUUGACUGUUUGCAUCUAUCUGUCUAUCUAUCUGUCUUUAUCAUCUAAAAUCUAG